GGUGGUGGUGGUGGUGGUGGUGAUGAUAGUGAUGGCGGCAUCGGCGAGGCGCGGGGCGCGCUGUGGGUGAGCGCCCCCCCCCCGACCUUGGGCUGCCCCUGCUGCCCCCGCGCGCUCCGUCCGUUGGCGCCGCUGCCCCCCAACCCCCUCAUGAGCGGGGUGCUGGGCCUGGUGUGGCGCCUGCUGCACGCCCUGCUCUGCCUGCAGCGCGCUCUGCUCGCCUGGCUCCGCGGCCCCCGCAUCUGGCUCUGGCGCCGCGCCGCCUCGGCCGCCGCCUCCUGCGCCCUCCUGGCGCCCGCGGCGGGGACUUUCGCCUUCCGCAAGGCCGACGCGGCGCGGCGGCGGCCCGGGAGCGCGGCGGCGGCCCGCCAGCGGUGGCGCUUGGACGGGCGGGCCCUGCAGAAGCUGCCGGUGCACAUGGGGCUGGUGGUGACCGAGGAGGAGCCGAGCUACGCGGACAUGGCCAGCCUGGUGGUGUGGUGCAUGGCAGUGGGGAUCUCCUAUGUCAGCGUCUAUGACCAUAACGGUAUUUUCAAGAGGAAUAACUCAAGAUUAAUGGAUGAAAUCUUAAAACAGCAACAAGAACUCUUGGGACUAGAUUGCUCCAAAUACACAGUGGAAUUCUCAAAUCAAGACAAAGCUGAUCAAGUUUUAAAUUGCCAAUCUACAUUGAAGGUGCUGUCUCCAGAAGAUGGAAAAGCAGACAUAGUAAAAGCUGCUCGGAACUUUUGUCAGUUGGUAGCACAGCAGCAAAGAACAUACGCCGACCUGGAUGUAAAUGAGUUAGACAACUUAUUAAGUAGUACAAAUGGAUUUCCUGAUCCUGAUUUAGUCUUGAAGUUUGGUCCUGUGGACAGCACAUUAGGAUUCCUUCCCUGGCACAUCAGACUGACAGAGAUCAUUUCUCUGCCUUCCCACCUGAACAUCAGCUAUGAAGACUUUUUCUCUGCCCUCCGUCACUAUGCAGCCUGUGAGCAACGCUGGGGAAAGUGACUUUUGGCUGAGCACACUAAAUCAGGCUUUCCACGGAAAGGAAAUGAUGUCUGUGUUUACAAGCACCUGUGACCCAUAAGUCUGGUUCAUAGUCGUUUCUUAAUUUAUCAACAAACUCAAUAAAGUGUCUUACCUUUCUAGAGA